GAUUACACAGCAGAAUUCAAACUUUAAAGCCUCCAACGAGAGCAGCACCCUUUCAAAUAGAAAAACGAAGCAUGGAUUGUUCAUUGGCUUUGGUCGGUCGUCUUCUUACCUUUCUUCUUCUGUGCGUCCAAUGCGGGUUCCUUACAGCUUUUCCUGUCUGGUACAGAGAUGAUCAUCGUCUCAUUCCCUUGCUACUGUUGUUCUCUCCAGUCAUUAUUUACUAUGCAUAUUGUUUGGCCACUGAGGCUAAACUCCGUGAAGUAUUCCUUACGUGGGGUCUCUACAUUGUGUUCGGUUUGAUUCCUUACAUCGCCAUUAUUUUUGCGUUAUGUGGAGACGUACUCGACAAGAGGCAUUUCCUCAGCCCGACCUGUUUGAAAGUGAUCCUGUGUAUCACGCCUGUUGCUUUUCUCCUUCUGGUGAAUACAGCGAGCGAUUUGGGCGAACAUCAUGAGUACGCAACCCUAGCUUGGACGCUCUCAGUCGCGAUAACCAUAGAUCUUGUCGAUAGCGUCGAGAUGUUGGAUACUGUGCUUGAUGAGAGAGAGAACAGCCACGGAAUUCCAAAAGAGUUUGGACAUGUAAUGGUAGCAGCGGCGUGCGUGAGCUUUUUGCUGACGUUGCUGCAAAUUGCUCAGAAUGAACUCAAAGAGAAUAGCGCUUCGGCCUCUGUUUCUCUUCGCAAGAAAGUGGCCUCUGUUUCUCUUCGCGAGAAAGUGGCGAUUCUCGCAAAUGCUUUAGAGAUCCUCUUCGUGAAUUUGCCUUUCAUGGUAAUGCGAGUGAUUGUGAUCGUUAAGUACGACAAAGAUGACAAUGAGUCCAUCUUCAUCACAAAAAACCUGAUAGCCAUCUUUCUCUCUGCCUUACAGAUCUACUGGAUAAAAAGAAAUAUGGAAUAAUUUGAACUAAGACGUAUCUGUUGUGUAUUAGGGUACCGAUUUACUAUUAUAGAGAAUGCGUGAAUCAGACCAAGUGCUCUAUCCAACUGUUUUCAUUGGAAUCCGAAGAACUUAAUUAUAAUCAGUGAUACAUAAGCUUCAGCGAUCCUAUUAUUCGUUUUCUAAAGACUACAUUUAGUAAUCAUUUACCAGUGAGAUCGAUCGCGGUCUUUUUGGUUUCUGGGUCACCAUGUUCAGAUUAAACGUUUGAAGACUGCAAGAAACACAGUUCUUAUUUUGUGACAGCAUAGUUUGGUGAUCAUGAUCGCUUUAGGUGACACUGUUUGAACAUCAAGUAGUCUAGAAGUCUUUACCAUCUUUUUACACGAUAUGACAUUACAUAUCUUUUGUUACAGUAAAUUUAAACCUUUAAAAGUAGUAAAAAGGAGGAAAAUAGUAAAACUUGUUAAAAAAAUUCUUAACUUACAACACUUCUGUAUAUUUGAAAGUCAGACUAUUUACAUGGGAAUAUUUUAAAUGUGUACACAUAGUGUAAUAUCAAUGUGCGAGGAUGUCAUGGAAAUGUAAAUAACCUGACAGGGACUUUCCCAGAAGAGCUGGCGCUUUCUUAGAAAUCAGGAAACCGCCUCGGUUUCCGCAAAGUAAAUAUUUUUUAUC